AUGCAGUACUCUUCAGCUCAUGGGAUGCAAAGCGCGUCACGCCUUCAAGUGAUUGUGUCUGAAUUUGGACAGGAUCAAGCACGUUCGUCUGAUUUGGCAUUACUUUGUCGACCGACAUGGUCUAUUCUUUCACAAGUUGCAAAGCCUUUGAUUAGCCGCAGGGUUUUUGAGUUAAUAAGAAGUGAAGGAUCCUUAAUACUUUCACCCUCGCAUGGGAAAGAAUCUGUGUUUGCAAAGACAGGUGAUGCUGCUUCGUCUUGUGGUGGUGUAGAUAAGGUUAACAAAGCACACUGUUCAGCUACUGAUGAUGUUGACAAGAGUAGAAGUAAGCCGUUUGAGACGUAUAAAAGGCGCACAACCGUUGUUGUUUCGCGAGAGAUAUUCGUAAAUGUUGUCUGUGACGCUCUCGCUGAAUACAAGUAUGUGGGUCAUGACCAAAGAGCCGACUUGAUUCUGGCUUGCAAAUUGGGGAUUACAACGGUUGUAUCAACUGACUCAAUCCGUCACAUGAUGAGGAGUUUCGUUGAUGAGACGCAGAAUCCUUUGCUGUGGGCUUCAACGUACCAUGCUGGAGAGUACCUUGACCCUGUGGCUGUCGCUGAGUCAAAAGCCAAAAGAAGAAGAGCUAAAAAGUUGGAUGGUUAUGCAAAAUCGAUCCUAGAAGACGAGAAAUCUAAUGCCUCUAACGCUCAACAGACGGAUACAGGCUCAAAAUCAACCUCUCCCGUAUUGUUAAGUCACAAGCAAAUGGCUGUGGAAGGAUUUAAGGCUCAAAGUGAAAUGGUUAUUGACAAUCUCGACAGGCUCAUCACCGCAUGGGAAGAAAGAAAAGAGUCUGUUGUUGUUGAAGGUGUUCAUCUAAGCCUUAACUUUGUGCUGAUCCAAAGAAAAGGCUCUUCAAGGCAUCUGAUGGCUCUUCUCAAUACCGAUGGCACUUUCGCAAGGACUUGGCCUGUCGGUGGUAACGUUGACGAGACCGGGAAGCCUGUCUCUUGUAAUGAGAUAAUGGAGGCGAAUGGUAUGGAGCAUCCUAUUUAUGGAUACUUGCAGAAAGCUGAACCGGUGAAUCUUCAGUUUGGUCUGUUUGGGAUCAGUGCUUGGCCUAGUGAUGGAGCCACGAGCCGUGCUGGGAGUGUAGAUGACUUUAGAGCUGACUUGGGUGAGAACGCCAGUAGGCAUUACUCUUCUUGCUGCAGCUCUCCUAGGAUGUCUGAAGGGACUUCUAAAGAGCUUAAGGAGGAGCAGUCCGUGAAUGGUAGCGACGAAGAAGUCGAGGAUGAUCCUCCUGAGCAAGAUACAGACUUUAGCGAUGACGAUAACAAGAGAGACCAUGAAGAGGUGGGAUCUGUUGAUGAGCAAUCGACAAAGUCAGAUGAGGAGUACGAUGAUCUUGCAAUGGAAGACAAAAGUUACUGGACAGAUGACGAGGAAGAGUCGCGAGAUACGGUUGCUGUAAUGUCUGAGAAAAACCACAAGCCGGAAACAAAAGAUGACAAGUACAUACAGAACUUAGACCUUUUCCUUCGGACCGCGAACCAGCAGCUGGUCGAGCCGCUUGAGCUAUGCGCAUCGCUGCUCACGUGCGAGAAUGGGAACGCAAGACUCUGGUCGGGUAAAGAAAAGAUGAGGAAGCGUUCUCUAAGCAUCUCGGCCCUCGGAAAACACGGGUCGGAUUCUAACGUCGAUCUCAACUUUCAAGACUUAAGUAUCUUUGGGUUCUUGACACUGACACAAAUAAAGUUGGUUCAGAGUUCUUUUGACGGUUAA